UGCCUUUGGCUCGACCACCGAGCUUGGCGCGUCGGUGCCUUCCCUCCCGUGGCAGCGGGAGCCGUCUCCUAACGGUGUUCCUUCCUGGCAGGGGACACACCUGUCAGGGCAUCCACCCGCCUCCCGGGCGGCAGCGCUGCGCUUCCAUCACCGCGUGCAUCUGGCUCCCACAUCCUGCUCCCUGAACGCCUUUUGGCUCCUUCCUGACAGCUGCACCUGCUCCGGCGCGUCUCCAGACUCCUAACGCCGCCUGCUCGGGAGCCCCCCAGGAGCGCUCCCCGUGCCCGGGUCGCUGCUCUGUCCCUGUUCCUGCUCUUCCUGCCGUGGCCGCAUCGCCGGGCAGCCUCUGCCCAACAGGAUGACGACUCAGUGGUAUCAGCUACAGCAGCUUGAUUCCAAGUUUUUGGAGCAAGUUCACCAGCUAUACGAUGACAGCUUUCCCAUGGAGAUCAGGCAGUACCUGGCACAGUGGCUGGAGAACCAGGACUGGGAACAUGCUGCCAACAACGUAUCUUUUGCUACGGUGUUGUUCCAUGACCUGUUGUCACAGCUUGAUGACCAGUUCAGUAGAUUCUUGAUAGAAAACAACUUUUUGCUGCAACACAACAUAAGGAAAAGCAAACGUAAUCUUCAGGAUAACUUCCAAGAAGACCCAAUGCAUAUGGCAAUGAUCAUCCAGCACUGUCUGAGAGAAGAGAGGAAAAUACUCAACAGUGCCCAGCUGUCAAAUGAGAUGGAAGUAGGGGGCAUACAGAACACUGUGAUUGGGAUGCUGGACAAACAGAAGGCACUUGAUACCCAAGUUAAGGCUGUGAAAACCAGUGUUUUAGAUGUGGAGCAGGACAUCAAGACAUUAGAGGAUAUGCAAGAUGAAUAUGACUUUAAAUGUAAAACCUGGCAGAACAGAGAACACGACUCCAAUGGAGUGUCUCAGGAGGAGUAUAAGAAAGAACAGCUGAAUCUCCAGAAGAUGUUUUUAUUACUUGACCGCAAAAGAAAGGAAGUGGUGAACAAGAUAGUACAGCUGCUGCACAACACAGAGCACGCACAGACUGCUCUUAUUGAUGAGGAGCUGGUGGAGUGGAAGCACAGGCAACAGACAGCAUGUAUUGGUGGCCCACCCAACGCCUGUCUUGACCAGUUACAGAACUGGUUUACCAUCGUUGCUGAAAGUCUACAACAAGUUCGUCAGCAGCUCAAAAAGCUUGAGGAACUGGAACAGAAGUUUACCUAUGAGUCUGAUCCCAUCACAAAAAAUAAACAAGUUCUGCAAGACCGAACACACAAUCUCUUCAAACAGCUCAUCCAAAGCUCCUUUGUGGUUGAGAGGCAGCCUUGCAUGCCAACACAUCCCCAGAGACCACUAGUCCUGAAGACAGGAGUACAGUUUACUGUAAAGCUGAGACUGCUGGUGAAAUUGCCAGAAUUGAACUACAACUUGAAAGUGAAAGUUUUAUUUGAUAAAGAUGUAACUGAGAAGAACUCAGUGAAAGGGUUCAGGAAGUUUAAUAUUUUGGGAACAAGCACAAAAGUAAUGAACAUGGAAGAAUCCACUAAUGGAAGUCUAGCAGCAGAAUUCAGACACUUGCAACUGAAAGAACAGAAAAAUGCAGGAACCAGAACAAAUGAGGGUCCUCUCAUUGUAACAGAAGAGCUUCACUCUCUGAGUUUUGAGACACAGCUGUGCCAGCCUGGCUUGGUAAUAGACCUAGAGACCACAUCCCUUCCCAUUGUAGUGAUCUCAAACGUGAGCCAGCUUCCCAGUGGAUGGGCUUCUAUCCUGUGGUUCAACAUGCUGUCUACUGAUCCCAAGAACUUGUCCUUCUUCCUGAGUCCACCUUGUGCAAAGUGGUCUAAACUUUCUGAAGUUCUGAGCUGGCAGUUUUCUUCUGUAACAAAGAGAGGACUUAAUGCAGAUCAGCUGAGCAUGCUGGGAGAGAAGCUCCUUGGGCAAACAAGCGGAGGAUCUCACGAUGGCCUUAUUCCUUGGACAAGAUUCUGCAAGGAAAAUAUAAAUGAUAAAAACUUCCCCUUUUGGCUGUGGAUUGAGGGAAUCCUGGAGCUUAUUAAGAAACAUCUGCUGUGUCUCUGGAAUGAUGGCUGCAUUAUGGGUUUCAUCAGCAAAGAGAGAGAACGUGCUUUAUUGAAGGACCAGAAUCCAGGAACGUUUUUACUAAGAUUCAGUGAAAGUAGCAGAGAGGGAGCAAUCACGUUUACUUGGGUAGAGGGAUCUCAAAAUGAGCUCCAGUUCCAUUCUGUAGAACCCUACACCAAGAAGGAGCUCUCUGCUGUGACUUUCCCUGACAUCAUCCGCAACUACAAAGUGAUGGCAGCUGAAAACAUUCCUGAAAAUCCACUGAGAUUUCUGUACCCAGAUAUACCCAAAGACAAUGCCUUUGGCAAAUACUACUCCAGGCCUAAGGAGGCACCAGAGCCAAUGGAUUUGGAUGGUCCCAAGGGAAACGGCUACAUCAAGACUGAGUUAAUCUCUGUGUCUGAAGUCCACCCCUCCAGGCUUCAGUCUCCAGAAAACCUGCUCCCCAUGUCCCCUGAGGAGUUUGAUGAGGUAUCUCGGAUGGUGGGCCCGGCAGAGAUUGAUACUGUGAUGUGUACACAUAUUCAGCUCUGAGCUUUGGCUGAACUUUUUACUGUGUCAUAACGCGGCUGAUUCGCUUACGUGUCCUGCACUGCAGUCCAUGCCUUGGUGACACACUUCACUGCCGUUCUUUGGUUUCUCAACAUGAAGGUCCAGUAGCAAUUUUUAGCUAAUGGAAGUAUCAACAAUAGCAGUCUCAGCAGCCUCCUCAUGUGCACUUCUUUGUUUAGUUAGCAAAAUACCGUGCCACAGUGGAGGAAGAGAGGAGGAUAGGAAUGUGAGGUCCUCAGCGAGAACUGAUGGGACAAACACGCGCUCAUGUUUAAGGGAAUUAGUUAAAUGUAAUGUUUAAAACGGUUGGCUGUACACAGAAGGCUUCCAAGGAAAGCUGGUUCUUCUGCAGAGGUUCUGCUCAGAAAGCUUGUGCCUUCUGUGUAACUACUUCUGCAGAACUUCCAUAGCUUUGGAUUUUCAUCUGCGCCACAGAAAGGAAAAGGGAAACACUCUACAGAUACAUGCCACGCCAAAUGCAUGUGCUGCUGAAGUUUGCUGUGGUUUUAGCUUUUCUAGGCAUGGCAUAUUCAGAGAGCAAAAAAUGUUACCUGCAUUUAAUUUUUUUGUUGUUGUUUUUGUAAGGCAUAACCUCGUGUAGGAUGGUUAGCACAAUCUUUCACAU